AUUUCGGGAGCAAAACCUGAACGAUACGAGAGAAAAAAGUUAAAAAAUUUUAAUUUUAAUUGAGUUUUAUUUUUACUCGUUAGCAAACUUCCGCAUCCUUCGGAGCAAAAGUUCAGCAAAUCACGCACAUCAAAGAUGCCCGGAACACGAAGGAUGAUCUUGAAGCACGUAAUGUCGGGAAUUUGCUUCAAAAUGAACAGAACAAAGCAGUUACCCGGAGAUAUUAUGGAUACGCCACUAAAUCGAUGUCUGAGUACGUUGGAUAUCACGAUGUUAGGAAUCGGACAUAUGAUUGGAGCGGGAAUUUAUGUGUUGACGGGAACUGUGGCGAAAGAGAUGGCAGGUCCGGGAAUCGUUUUGUCGUUUAUUUUGGCAGGACUUGUUUCGAUGUUAUCAGCAUUAUGUUACGCUGAAUUUGGAACUCGUGUCCCGAAAGCUGGCUCAGCUUACGUUUACACGUACGUCUCGAUUGGGGAAUUUUGGGCUUUUGUCAUCGGAUGGAAUAUAAUUCUUGAACAUAUGUUAGGAGCUGCUUCGGUUGCAAGAGCUUGGAGUGGCUAUGUCGACAGCAUGCUCGGAGGAGCAAUUUCCAAUUUGACAAUCUCCGUUACGGGUGAAAUGCAUGAACAGCUCCUCGCAAAAUAUCCCGAUUUUUUGGCAUUUUUCGUCUGUAUCGCGUACAGCGUGGCUUUGGGAGCUGGCGUGAAAGCAACUGCCGUGAUAAACACAAUCCUGACACUUGUCAAUUUAGCGGUUAUGGGUUUCGUGAUCGUUUUGGGAUUUUCUUAUGCUGACAUCGACAACUGGAAUGUCUCGGAUAAGGGAUUUCUUCCUUAUGGCUUCACGGGAGUGAUUGCCGGAGCAGCUACUUGCUUUUAUGCCUUUGUUGGAUUCGAUAGUAUCGCAACGAGUGGCGAAGAGGCAAAAAAUCCGGGAGUUUCGAUACCAUUAGCGACAAUUUUCUCGCUGUGUGCCGUAACUUUGGGCUAUGUUCUGGUCAGUGCAAGUCUGACACUGAUGAUUCCCUUUAACGAAAUCCAUCCGGAAGCUGCGUUGCCCGAAGCUUUUGGCGCCAUGAACCUUCCGUGGGCUAAAUAUGCGAUUUCCAUUGGAGCUCUUUGCGGGAUGACGAGCACGUUGCUUGGAUCGUUGUUCGCAUUGCCUCGUUGCAUGUACGCCAUGGCGUCGGAUGGGUUACUUUUUUCGUUUUUCGGGAAAGUAAAUGCCAAAACGCAAGUCCCUUUAUUAAAUCUGGCGAUUUCCGGAGUAGCAAGUGCUUUGUUGGCUCUUGUCUUUGAUUUGGAAAAACUCGUUGAAUUUAUGUCGAUUGGAACUUUGUUGGCUUAUACGAUUGUCUCGGCAUGCGUUAUUGUCUUAAGAUACAGACCAAAUGGCGUCGACGAACAAAUCACGACGCAACAAAUUGUCGAUACGCCCGGAACGGACGAUGAAACGACGUCACAUUCGAGCGCCGAGGCAAUUACUCCGAGCGGCGACAUGAUCGAACUGCAAAUGGCGGGCAGAUUAAAAUCGCAAUUUCGAUGGUUGGAGCCUCUCGUGGGCAGAUGUGAGCCGGGAGCUGCUUGUUCGGGCGCCGUUUUACUUUUUACCGUCCUCACAAUCGCAAUUUGUUUCCAACUUGAAGUCACGUCGGGCGAUUUGUAUGCGGGAACUUGGUGGGCUCUUGCUUUGUACGGAUUUUUGUUAUUUUGUCUCGUCGGAUGUGUCGUUGUCAUCGCAGCGCAUCAUCAAAACACCCGAGGACUCACUUUUAAAGUCCCUUUUGUUCCGUACAUCCCGAUUUUGAGCAUUUUAUGCAACAUUAUUCUCAUGGUUAACCUUUCCGUGCACACGUGGUUGCGAUUUUUCGUCUGGAUCGCAAUCGGAAUGCUCGUUUACUUCUUGUAUGGCAUCCAUAAUAGUCGCGAAGGCGAUUUGGGAACAUCUUAUUCGAUGCUGAUGACGUCGUCGGAAGCUGCACGAGGACAUUGGGGAUCAACGACGGGCGCACGAACAACUAUCAAGAAAAUUGUGGGAAAAGUUCAUCGUGCCGGAGACAAACAACCCAUUUUAGACGAUGAUGAGUAAGUUGAAAAAUCUUAAAAGCUUAUCGAUGUGCGUCAAAUUCUUAUGCGAAACGAAAAUUUAAAAGAAAUUGGGUUUCCAACAGGCGUCGCUUAUAAA